AUGGAUUUACACACAUUAAUACGGGCAAUCACAGAACACCCAUGUAGUGCCAAGCCUCAAAGCCGAGAGCUAAUAGCUUACUUUCAAGUCUUCGAUCUCCAAGGUCGCCUGUACAUCGAAACAUUGCUUCAUUCACCAAAAGAAGCUGCGGCCGAGGUGAUAAUGAUGGCCGAAAUUGUGGCUCUGAAGUCUCUAGCGUCCUGGCAAGGUCAGAAAUCAUUGUGUCAAACAACGGACUAUCGCCCGGACGCAUACAUAUCUGUGGUCAACCGACUCGAGUCCCGCAGGAUUCUGCUGCAGUUUGCAAAGGCAUGUAUGGAAUCGCCUGGUACAGGAGGCAUCCUCGGCGAGCGUUUAUGUAUGGUCGGCAGCGAUGCGAUGGAGAUUAUUGAUCAGGGUGUGGAAUCUUUUCAGCAAGAUGUCCAUGACCUCACGACCGACCAUUCGGUUAUCGACAGUUAUAUCGACGGGGCGAUCAAAGGCUAG